CACACACACACACACAAACAUACACACACACAUACACACACACAGCCAGCUACGGCGUCCCGGAUCGGAACGCUGCCCACCAUGGAAAAGCGACCAGCAAUGUCAAUGGAGGCGAUGCUCGACGAGGAGCGAAAAGAGGUGCUCGCGCUUUUGGAGGGGUCGUCGAGCUCGCGGCCCAAAGCUUCCCCGUCGCUGGACGGGCGCUCUCCGUCUCCCUACACCCCGCGCUCUCCCGUCCGCAGCAUGCUCGAUAUUGCCCCCGUGAGGAGUAUGCUAGAUGUGGAUAGCCCCCGCCCGCAGCAGAUCCGGAGCAUGCUCGACGUCGACGGCCCAUCGUCUGCCGCGAAGCAGGUCCUAAGCACGCCCUCGUCCCCCACCGACUCGAGUGCGCGCGCCAAUGCUGCCGCCGGCGGCCACCCAAGGAGCAUGUCCGACGCCUCUCUCAAACCCAGGCCUGCCGACUUUGGUCCGAGGCUAGCGCCGGCUCGGCCUGAUCCUACUUCCGAGUACCAGUUCUCUGGCAUCAUCACCAACAACGUAGGCCAGGCUCUGCCGAAGCGAGUCACGCAGGGCGGCAAGCGGUCCAGCGCAAUGUCCGAGAUCAUGAGGGGCAACGACGUCCCUGGCCUCAUGCUUCCGGGCGACCGGGGACGCCAUCUGUCCGCAAGCGGGCCGUCAAUGCGCCUGGGUAGCAAGUCAAAGUCGCCCACAAGCCGCCUGGGCAUGCGCUCGCACUCCCCCCGUGGUCCUCUACUCCGCAACCUGAGUCCCGCCGGCCGAGCGGUGCUCAAUGACCCCGAUAUUACCGACUACACCAACGCCUACCGCCGUCUAUCGGACGCCGCUUUGGCACGGUCCGGGGGGAGUCUGUCGGAGCUAGGGAGACGCAGGAGCUCCAACUACACGGCCGGAACCGGUAGGCUAGCCAAAGACUACCUGGGCCCGGAUGGCGAAUUGCUUGUCGAAGAUAGUAGCGAAGACAACGGGAGCUCAUCCGGCGAGGAGGGGCAGCGGGGGAGGAAGACCGCUCGGCCGGAAGCGACCCCCAAAACGGAGGGUACCCGGCGGGAGGUUAAGAGUCUGUUGGCGGCAGCCGAGGAAGAACGCAUCCAAGUGGCAUCUCAGCAGCCAUACCAGUACCGAUCACUCCUGGACGAGCCGGAGAUUACGGUGACGAACCCGUCGGGCGAACGUGUGAAGCACAGUAAACCAGUCAUCCACCCCAACACCAGCUUCGAUGACCCGCCCGGGAGCGGGGUCAACACGCCCCUGGACUCGGACACCGAGGCGGACCUAUCCGACAUUAAGAGAGCGCAGAAGUUGUCGUUCGCCAUGACACAGAUCAUGGAAACCCCCGAGGCGCACCGGACCAUCCAGAUCAUCACCCGAGGCGAGUACUCCAAGCUCGUCCAGGAAGCCGAAGAGGAGCACCGACCGCCGCGGAAGUACCUGGUAGCCACGGACCUGAGCGACGAGUCGACGCACGCUCUGGAAUGGGCCAUCGGCACCGUCCUCCGCGACGGCGACACCCUCCUGGCCAUCUACUGCGUCGACGAGGAAACGGGCAUCGGCGCCAGCGACAACGCGCAGGUGCCCGACGAACCCAAGGCCAUGAAGGAGCAGGCGGCCGCCAUCAACACGGUCGCGUCCAGCAAGACGCCCGUCACGGGCAGCGGCACCAUCCUGCCCUUGCACAACCAGCGGGGGCCCGGUUCUGCCGGGGCGGGAGGGACGACGGCCACCUCGAGCGCGUCACCCACGCCGUCGAUCGGGAGGGAGCGCACCAAGGCCGAGGAAGACCGCUACAGGACGGUCCAGACCAUCAGCGAAAAGGUCACCAAGCUGCUGCGCAAGACGCGCCUGCAGGUGCGCGUCAUUGUCGAGGUGCUGCACUGCAAGAGCCCAAAGCACCUCAUCACCGAGGUCAUCGACCUGGUCAACCCGACACUCGUGAUCCUGGGGAGCCGCGGCAGGAGUGCUCUGAAGGGGGUCAUAUUAGGAUCCUUCUCCAACUACCUCGUCAACAAGAGCUCGGUGCCCGUCAUGGUGGCAAGGAAACGGUUAAGGAAACAGAGCAAGUACAAGCAUCUCCCUUCGACGAACCAGAUCAACAACAUCAACAACCCGGCAGCGAGGAGCCUAGCGAACGCCAAGAUCGAUUGAAAUAUGGAUGUGAAAGCGUGAUGGGAGCUGCGACCGGCUUCUUCUUACCAGGCUUGAAUGGUCGGGGUGCAAGAACGGCGAUGAAAAAGAAGUCGAGAGAAGGGCUAGGGGACAGCACAGAUGUGAUACUGGGAAAGACGGGGCAUCGGUGUACUGGCGAUGGGGUUACUUGGUGCAUUUAUC